AUGGUUUAUGGUGAAUUUUUCCGCAGACCUGGCAAAGACGCAGAACUUAUCAAUUUGAAUGUGGGUGGCUUUAAGCAAUCGGUGGAUCAAAGCACCUUGCUCCGAUUUCCCCAUACCAGACUCGGGAAACUUCUCAAAUGCCAUUCAGAAGAGGCUAUUCUAGAACUGUGUGAUGAUUAUAGUGUUGCAGACAAGGAAUAUUACUUUGACAGGAAUCCUUCGUUGUUCCGAUAUGUUCUGAAUUUUUACUAUACGGGCAAACUUCACGUCAUGGAAGAGCUUUGCGUCUUUUCCUUCUGUCAGGAAAUAGAGUACUGGGGGAUAAAUGAGCUGUUUAUUGAUUCCUGCUGCAGCAAUCGGUACCAAGAAAGGAAAGAAGAGGGUCCUGAGAAAGACUGGGAUCAGAAAAGCAAUGAUAGAAGUAUAGAUUCCUCUAACGAAGAGUCGUCCAUGUUUGAUAAAGAGCUGGAAAAGUUUGACAAUCUGUGUUUUGGUGAAAUAAGAAAGAAGAUCUGGGUCAGAAUGGAAAAUCCUGCAUACUGCUUGUCUGCCAAGUUAAUUGCCGUGUCAUCCCUGAGUGUUGUCCUGGCGUCGAUCGUGGCCAUGUGCAUUCACAGCAUGCCAGAGUUUCAAAGGCUGGACGCCAAUGACAGGGAGAUUGAAGACCCUGUGCUGGAAGCCGUGGAAAUUACGUGCAUCAUCUGGUUCACUGCUGAACUAGUGAUCAGGCUCAUUGCCGCUCCAAGUCAAAAGAAGUUCUGGAAGAAACCACUGAAUAUCAUUGAUUUUGUCUCUAUUAUCCCAUUUUAUGCCACAUUGGCCGUGGACACUAAGGAAGAAGAAAGCGAAGAUAUUGAAAAUAUGGGGAAGGUGGUUCAGAUCCUGAGGUUAAUGAGGAUAUUUCGCAUCCUGAAACUGGCCAGACACUCCGUAGGACUGCGGUCUUUAGGGGCUACUUUGAGGCAUAGCUAUCAGGAAGUUGGACUCUUGCUUUUGUUUUUGUCUGUUGGAAUUUCUAUUUUUUCAGUGCUUGUCUACUCAGUGGAGAAAGAUGAUGACUCAUCAGAACUGCACAGCAUCCCUGUUUGCUGGUGGUGGGCAACCAUCAGCAUGACCACUGUUGGUUACGGGGACACUUACCCAGUCACGCUUGCUGGAAAGCUGCUCGGCACCCUAUGCAUUAUCUGUGGGAUACUAGUGGUAGCACUUCCAAUCACCAUUAUUUUCAAUAAGUUUUCUAAGUAUUAUCAAAAACAAAAAGAUAUUGAUCCAGACCAAUGCAACAAUGAUCGCAAAGAGAAAUGUAACGACCUACCUUAUUUUAACAUUAGGGAUAUUUAUGCAAAAAAGAUGCACUCCUUCAUUUCUAGCCUUUCUUCAGUAGGAAUUGUAGUCAGUGACCAAGACUCAACAGAUGCCUCCAGCAUCCAAGAUAUGGAGGAUGUAUAUAACACAACAUCUUUAGAGAAUGGUACAGGAAAAUGA